AUGGGGGGUGCUGAGAAACUCAGAAUUAAGAUAAAUAGGAAAAAAGAGACUGAACAACUUCGUGGUUCUCUGGAUAAUUUUAUUGUGAAAAAACAACGCACAACUGAAAUCAUUUCUUCAACAGCUUCAUCAGAAAAAGUAGAAAAUAGUUUAAAUAACACUACUAGCAGUAAAAUUAGCAAUUUUGACACCUCUGAUGACAAUAAGAAAGACAAUGACACAUUUUGUAAUGACCAAACAAAUAUACUUUUACCUCUAGACAAUAAUAUUUUCAAUACACUUUCAGAUGUUGUUACUAAUUAUAAUACAUCCUGGUCAUCUGUAUUAGCAGUCUGCUUUGAUGGAGCUUCAACAAUGUCAGGAAAAAUAUCAGGUGUACAAGCAAGAUAUUCCAUUUCAAAGAAAACAGAAAAAAAAAUAAAGCAUAGAAUAGUAUUUGAUUUUCUUGGAACAGUACAAUUCCUAUACAAUUUCAUUGAAGGAAGCCCGAUCAGACAUGCUACACUUGAAAAAAUAUCAAAAGAAUCUUGUAUCAAACUAAAAACUCUGAAGUCGCUGUCAAAUACUAAGUGGGCAUGCAGAGCGGAAGCAGUAUCAGCAGUUCAAGAAAAUUUUAGUAUGUUGGUACCAGCAAUUGAUGAGAUAUGUGAAAAUACUCAAGUACCCGAUGUCAGGGCAAAAGGAUUAGGAUUAAAAUAUCAAUUAAAAUCAUUUAACUUUGUUUUUGCAAUGAAUUUAAUGGAACCAAUUUUUCGAGCAGUAUUAAAGGUUAGUGCUUCACUCCAAGCUCCUGUUCUAGAUUUAUUAGCUGCUGUUGAAAUUGUAAAAGGACUGAAAAAGUUUUUGAGUAAAAUGAGAAAUGAUCAACAAGAGUAUGAUAACAUUUACCAAACCACCAUUGAUAUUUGCAAUAAAAACAAAAUUGAUAUUCCAGAAGUAUUAAAAAGAAAAGUUGCUAGAAAAAUUGAUGACAAUGGAGAAUCACAAUUUUUUUCAGAAACUAAAUAUGAUGAAAUUAGGAUUAAUGUAUUUUAUCCUAUUCUAGAUGAUUUACUAGGAAAAAUUGAUAAUAGAUUUUUAGAUAGUACUCUAGAAGUAAUUACUUCGGUUGGUAAUUUAAUUAAAUUACAACCGACUAUUGAAGAUUAUUCAGUUAUAAAAACAUUUUUCAACAUUUUAAAUAAAGAUUUGGACUCUGAAGUCAAAAUACUUGCAUCAAUAAAAGAUAUUCCAAUUGGUACAUGUACUCACACUAUUUAUAAAUGGUUGGAUUGGUUAAUGGCUUCAAAUAGGAAAAAUAUUUUUACCAAUUUCUACGAAGCCAUUACCAAGUUCGUUGUUAUACCAGUCACAAGUUGUGGUUGUGAACGGGCCUUCUCCAAAUUAUCUAUUGUUAAAUCGAAACUACGUUCAACAAUGUCACAAGAACGUUUAGAAUCACUUUUAUUUUUAUUCGUUGAGCAAGAAAUGACAAAAUCAGUAGAUUUCAAUACCGUAAUUGAAGAGUUUAAAGUUUUAAGUCCUGUAGAAAGAAGAUUACCAUUAUAA